CGGACGACCAGGCGCGGACGAGGAAUGCUGAAGCGCCACAGCCAGUGAGGAGUGCUUGCUUAACCAUUAUCUGCCGGAUAACACUAAAGAUAGCUCAAGUGCGGGAUCAAGCCGUGCCAGUGCUGGCGUGUGGAUGCCAGAUAAAGGCGUGCACUGCGCGCCUCGCCGUCCACCUGAGCUGACAAUCCAGGCCGGAGACGACAGGUGUGGUGUUUGCUUCGUGUUCGCCGCACCGGUGCUGCAGUCUCCCAGCCGUCGAUCCAGCGAGACCAGAAUGGGAUGUGCGUUUGACUAGCUGGCCGCCACAUCAAGCCGACACGGACCAUACGAUUGGAUGGUCGACGCCAUGCGAAGAGCUGAACAGGCUAGCUCGUACAAUCACUGGAAAGAAGAUGCAUCAAUAGACUCAAGCUCGGCAGCCGGCUACCCACCUGAAAUGCAGAGCCCGUACGGAGACGGCCGGCCCAGUAAUGGCGUCCGCAGACCAGAGUCGCCGGACGACCAGGGCGCCGUGUACCUGCUGGAGCAUCUGGCCACGUUCACCGUGUCCUCGGAUAUGGGCACUCUGGGGCCGCGCGACGGCAUGCGGCGCCUCCUCCAGAUGGAGAAGACCACCGGCAUCUGGACGCAGAAGAUGGAGCUGCGUCUGCGCAACCAGUCGGUGGUCAUUGUCGACCACGAGAACGGGGAUCUGGUGGAGCGGUUCCCGAUGCAGCUGAUUCGCGAGCCGACCGCCUUCACCUCCAACGACCCCAAGGAGCUCUACAACAACAUCUUCAUCUUCAUCAUCACCGAGGACCCCACCAGACACUCGAUGAACCCACCCGAAAUGCACAUCUUCCAGUGUCUGCGGGUCAGUGCGCAGCAGCUGGUAGAAGAGAUGAAGGCUUAUCUGUCCGGGAAGCUGGUGCGACCUCAGCGUCUGCCGCCGCCACCCAGCAGCCCUCCGCCGGAGCCGCCGAACGGCGUCCACCGGCGCGACCAGAUGGCGCUGUUCAACGCUCAGUCACGACAUUUCGAGAGCUCGCGCCACAGCUCGCGCGAGCGAGAGCGCGCCGGCAGCGAUGUCAACACCGACGACGUCUCAUCCACCUCCUCCGAGAAGUACGAGCGCGACGUGUCCGUGCUCAAUCACUGCUUCGACGACAUCGAGAAGUUCAUCGCGCGCCUGCAGCACGCCGCGGUGGCCGCCCACGAGCUGGAGAAGCGUCGCAAAAGCCGCAAAAUGAAGAAGAAGGAAAUCGGAGAGGGGCUUCUGUCGAUGAGAGCCAAACCCCCACCGCGCAGGGAUUUCGUUGAGAUUUUGCAGAAAUUCAAGCUUUCUUUCAAUCUUCUGGCGAAGCUGAAGGCGCACAUCCACGAUCCGAACGCGCCGGAACUGGUGCACUUCCUGUUCACGCCGCUGGCGCUGAUUGUGGACGCGUCGCGCGACUCCAACCACGGCGCCAACCUGCCGGUCGAGGUGGUGGCGCCGCUGCUCACCCGCGACGCCAUUGACCUGCUGGUCAACUGUCUGACCAGCAAGGAAUCGGAGCUGUGGCACUCGCUGGGCGAGGCCUGGUGCCGGCCCAGGGACCAGUGGGAGGGCCACCUACCGCCGUACAAUCCCGUAUUCAUGGACGGAUGGGCACCGGAUUUGCACGAGGAGCGCGAGCGGGGUGGCUCUGCCAUGCGCGCCGCCGCCGCCGGCGAGGCCCAGAGGUUGCGUGCCGACAAGAUCCGCCGCGCCGAACAGGAGGCGGAGCGGAGGGAACACGCCUUCCGCGAUGAUCGCUACAACUCGGAUCCGUACUACGACUCGGACCAGCCCAGCCUGCCCUCGCCGUCCAGCCGCGGCGGUUACCGGCGCCAGCAGCGGCACAGCCGAGAUGAGAGGGAGCGGACCCGCACGCCCUCCUCGGAGCGAGGCGCUCAAGGGGCCCGCAGUGAUGCCAGCGCCGAGUCAAUGGGCGCCAGCAGCUUCCUCCGGCAGCAGCGGAUCUGGUUUGAUGACUUGAAGCUGCGCUCCGCCCGUAUCGUGCAGGUCACCUACCCACGCACUGCCAACAACGACAAGGAGCUGACUGUGACGCGCGGCGAGUACCUGGAGGUGAUCGAUGACAGCCGGAAGUGGUGGCGAGCGCGCAACAGUCGCGGCCAGACGGCGCACGUGCCGCACACCAUCGUCACGCCUGUCGGGCCGGACGACUCGGAUCCCGCCGCCUCUGCCGACUGGGUGAAGAGAGAGAAGCAGGACAAGAAAGGUGAAUUCCGGUACAUGUAGAUAGGGGGCGACCGCCGCGCCCCCGGCCGCGACCCGCCCUCCAGUGGCGUCUCCGUGCAGUGUGCUCUGUCCGCUUGGGGCCGUGUUGUGACGUCACGCGUGUGCCGGCCAGCCGCUGCGUGUCUGGUCCGUCCGCUGGCGCCCCGCCAACGCCGGUCUGGGGGUCGGAAGGUGUCGGGGCUGGCGAUGGCGCGCGGACCGCCGUCGGGUGACGCUACUCGUCCACGGACGGCGCGUGGGGCCCCUCCCAGAGGGAGAUCAGUUCUCCAGGUGGGUGGUGCUAGAUCUGGGCUGCUCUGUGGUGCACAAACUACAUGGUGGGGUCCGUGGGGCUGGCAGGCGAUCCAGGGAGCUCCUGUCGGCUCACGGGACCCCCAGGUGGUUGCUGGGCCGGGCCAGUGGCGCCGUCCCAGAUACCCCCCCCCCCCCCCCCCGGCGGACUGGUGCUCUAGAUUGGUCACCCUGUCCCAGUGGUGCCCUGAACACUGCUGAAGGGCGGAUGCGGUAACAGCUAGUUUUACUGUGCGCAUGGCUGCAGGCAGGCCAAGUGAAUGUAUUCUGCAGAAUAAUAUUUCCAGUCCAUAACGCUACAUUUGGUGAGGCUGGCUUGAUAUGAGUUGACUGAUAAUAUCUAAUUAUUGACUUUUACGAUGGUGUCGCAGUAUGGCCGUCGCGUCCGUGUAAAGCAGUGGUGCGCGACGCGCACUCCAUGCCCUACCUGAGCAUAGCACAAGGUGUGUGCAGCUACGUCAUUGGUUAGUGUCGCGACCAGCACCCUAGCCUGGGCCGAACAGGCGGUUCAGCAUGCGCCGGCAUGUGGCGCGUUCUGAGCAUCGCGUUAAGCUGAGUGUCGCUACACGCUGACACGCCCCAUACACGCCCCAUAAAAGCUGACCCGCCGGCGCGCCCGACCGACCCGGGGCCAUCCAGCAUGUUGUGUCCGUCCAUGCGCCGUCCCGCAGCCACCGUGCGGCGGUCAGCGGAUCAGGGCGCGAUCCCACCCAUGGGCUAGUGACUGACGACGUCAGCUGGCGCCCUGACCGUGUGGUGGGCUGGUACAAGCCGCGGCAGCAGGUGCCGCCGGCAGGACGCGUCCCACCCCGGCUUAGCUCACGACCCCCCCCCCCCCCCCCCGCCCCUGCUGCCGAGGCGACCAGAAAAUAGCCAGCGUGCGGAGACCGCUAGCCUCUCUGCGAUGUUUCGUUGAUGUGUCCUGCACACUGAGCUCGUCGCAGUCAACCCUCCGUCCGGACGGCGUUGUCUGGAACGUGCUUUGGGACGCUUGUUCGUGUGAGCACCUUUGGUCGUGCGCGUUGCUGGCAGCGUGCUUCAGACCGACUGCUGGCCCGCGAGAUGUUUAUAAGUAAAAUAUUUACUGUGUGUGAGUGCCGUUUCGGUUCGCAUCUGCCUGUAUGUCGCUUCGUUCUGAUGGCACGGCUUUGCAGCAAGAAACAAAUAAAAACUGAUUCCUUAACAGAAACACCAUUGUCAGUG